AUGACUCGCAAACGUAACCAACAAACUAAUGGAGGACAUAAUAGAGGUUAUACCGAAAUCAUUAGUCCUUCUAUGAAAUCUACAAGAGGUAGAAAUUGGAAUAGAAAUCUGACAAAUAGUUCUAGUAUUAUAUUGGACACUUCAAUUGCUUCAGAUCCCGAUGAAGCUGCAAGACGCGCAAGGCGCGCUCAACGUUUUGGUGAAUUUUUAGAACCUCAACAAUUGGUUGAGACUAAGUUUGAUGCAAAAAUUGGUGGUGAUAUUAAAAAGCCUCCAAUUCGUAAUGAGGUAAAAUCUGUUACCUCCACACCAAAAAAAUCUGAUGAAGACCCAUUUUACACAAUGGAAGAUGUAGAAUGGUUUUUGGGAGCGUUAUGUUAUGCUUUGAGAGUGUCAAAUCUUAUUUCAAAUUCUCCCACAAUUCCUGGUCAAAGAAAACGAGCUCAAGAUUUUUUUAUUGAUAGUUCACCGCCUGUUUGUUUGUUAGAUUUGAGAUAUGGAAAAAAUUUGGAAUCUGUAGAUGAUAAUUUAGAUUCAGUAGAUAAAGAAGUCAAUAACCUAAGUUCAUUAAUUAGUGAUAUAAGUUUAAAUUAA